CUUCGUUCCUCUCUCAUCUUCUUAUGUUGAUCGAAGCGGAAGGCUUUCUAGUAUAUUUUUUGUGAAUGAUGUGUAUGACCCUCUAGGGAUUUUGUUUCUUGUAAUCUGUUGCAUUACUAAAGAUAGCCUUUGUCUUGCUUAAUGUUUGGAUUUGGGCAGCUUCUUCGCUUGGGCUGGAAGUAGCACCCGCGCGUGAGUCUCGAUUUCUCGAUCUUUGUCUUGCUGGGUCUGAUGCGAGUGAUUCAAGGCGCAAUCUUUUUUGCCCUUCUUUCUUUUGGCCAUCGAAGACUGAGCACUCAAGGCGCAAUCUUUCUUCUUGUUUUUGUUGUUGUUUAGGAUGAAUCAAUCUUCGUCGUCGUGAUGUUGUGUUGUCGGGUGACGAGAGAUUAGCUUUCCCUGUUGCUGUUUCAAUUUUCACUCUUGAGGUUGGGGUUUUUCUUCCUUUAUUCCAUUUGUUGGUCGCAAAAGCGGGCGUUUUGCGUUGUUUCAGCUGGGAAUGAAGAGUUUUUUGUCGCCUUUUUGGGCGAAAUCUCCUCAAUUUGUGCCGCAGAUUUGUUCUUCUGUAUUUACAAGUAAUUUUCGGGAUGUAGGGUAAUCCACUCUGCUCUGACGACAUGGCGGAGGGCAGUGAAGUCAGGGCCUGGGAGGAGCUCAUCCCUGACGCCCUGAGCCUCAUCUUCCGCAACCUCUCUCUUCAGGAUAUCCUCACGGUCAUUCCCAGGGUGUGCAAAUCUUGGGAGCGGGUGGUGUCGGGGCCCUACUGCUGGCAGGAGAUCGACAUCGAGGAAUGGAGCCUGCGGUGCAAGCCGGAGCAUCUGGACCAGAUGCUCCACAUGCUCAUUGCUCGAAGCUGUGGCUCGUUCCGCAGGCUCAGCGUCUCAGGGCUCCACACUGAAUCCAUGUUCUCCUUCAUUGCAGACCAUGCCGGUUCCCUUCGGCGGUUGGAGCUUCCAAGAAGUGAAAUAAGCGACUCCAUUGCGGAAGUUAUUGCCCCAAGACUAUCAAAUAUAACUUUCUUAGACAUUAGCUACUGCAGAAAGAUAGGUGCCCGUGCGAUUGAAGCAUUCGGAAAGCACUGCAGAUCCCUCAUCGUCCUGCGGCGUAGGAUGCAUCCGCUAGAGGUCACAAACAAGGUCUGCCAAGAUGAAGAGGCAUAUGCUAUUGCGGUAUCGAUGCCCAGGUUGCGCCACUUGGAGCUGGCCUACCUGCUCUUGACCACUCGAGCGGUACUUGAUAUCCUCUCAAGCUGCAAGGAUCUUGAGUACUUGGACCUAAGGGGCUGUUGGGAUGUGAAGCUAGAUCAGAAGUAUUUGAAGGAGCGGCAUUCUGGUUUGAAAGUAUUAGGACCAGACAUUAUAGACUGCUACGAGCAAAGUUGCUGGGAUGGGUGCUCAGACUACUCGGAUUCUUCUGUGUACACUUGGGACUUCAUGGAAGACGGUGAAGAUGUCUACGAGGGGUUAAGCGACGAUGAUAGCAUAUGGGAGGAUGAUCAAGGAUUGGAGGGUUUUGAAGUAAGGUUCUACGGGGGUGGCUUUAGUGAUGCAGUCACUGUGUUUGAUUGGCCUCCAUCUCCGUGAGUAUCCUCGGUUGGUUUUUAAGGAUCCUAUACUAUCGCCGUGCCGUGUCUGCUGCUACUACCAUGCUUUGUUUUCUCAAGUCGACUGAAAUCUGCUACAUAAUGAGAAUAGAAAAUCCAUUGUAUCUUUGCUUUGAAUGUUGAGAAGGGGAUGCAUGUAGAGGUAAACUUGAGUGUUUACAUGACUUUGUUAAGUCUCUUACUUUUUAACUCAUAAGGAGUCAUAUAAUAAGAAAGUAGCUGUAUCCUUCCCUGCAAA